ACGGUGACAGUGUUGUGCUGGAACCAGGGACGGACUUACGGCCGCACAGGCCCCUCAGUUUACAGUGUCCAACAAGGCCCCAGCUUGGAUAUUACAUUGUCUUCUUCCUUCGAGGUCUGUACCACUACUACACCGAUCGUCGCGUGUAGGCAGGCCGUCCGACAGUGUCUCGUCCCACGGCGGCGUCUCCCUUGCGAAUCGCUCGACGUGCUGCGGUUUUGGCGCGGAGUGUACGGACGCUUUUUGAGGCCGCAGGACUUCCCCGUCGUCCGUGGUCCUCGGAGCGCGCGGCGUGAUGCCCGGCCCUGGCGUCCGCUGCUUCGAAGUCCCGGGUUCGACGCCGCGCCCCUGAGUCCGCUGUCGCCGCCGUCGCCGCCGUCGCCGCUGUGAGGCGUGGGGCUGCUUCACAAUGGAGACGCCCACGCCGAGGGUUGUCGUGCACCGGCGGCAGCAGCCUCCUCCACAACAAGAACAGCCGCGGCAAGCAGCGGCGCCGCGCGCCCUGCCGCGCCCGGUCAGCCUGUACGACAACCUGAAGCAGCCCAACGGCUCCAACGGCUCCAACGGCCACUCCGGCGGCCCCGGCGCCACCGCCAACUACCAGCAGCAGCCCCUGGUGCGCGGCGGCGCUUCCUCCGUCGGCAACCUCAACGCCGUGAACCACGUCAACGUGGCGCUGACGGAGCGCUCGCGCACGCCGUCGCAGGCCAACUGCCUGAGCACCACCGUGCCGCAGAACAUGGCCGCCGUGGGCUUCGCGUCGCGGCACGCGCCCACCAGGUCCUCGCUGCGCCACUCCAGGAUGAUCGUCAUGACCAGGGAGGGCAGAGUUCCGCACAAGUACCAGCCUGGAGUCCUGCGACGGCGGCGUCUGGGCACCGCGCUGUCCGCCCUGGUGUGCCUCCUGGGGGCCUUGGUGACGGCCGUGGCGGUGUGGCUGCUGCUGUGGGCGCCCAACCUCCCCGCCAGGGACAACCCCGUGUACAGCGGGCCGCCGCUUGUGGCUGCCGGUCUGCUUGGCCUCGUGCUGUUGGGCUGCUGCAGGAAGGACUACCCCGGCCGGCCCUACUCGUGCUGCAUGUUCAGCUUCAAGGUGCUGAGCGUGUCGCUGGCCGCCCUGGCCGCCCUGGCCGCGCUGUGCGCCUCGGCCUUCGCGCUGCUGCACGUCGUGUCGCUGUGGGGGUCCGCGUGCGAGCCCGCCAAGCAGGUCGUCAACGCCACCUGCACCUGCGAGCCCGCGCACAAGGACCCGGAGCGAUCGUGGGCCAUCUGGUGGGGCACGGUACGGCACGUGUACCCCGACCUGAGCUGCCCCGAGGUCGAGUCCCUUCUCAGCGUCAUCCUGACGGGGUCCGGGGCCGCCAACCUCCUCGCCGGCGUCCUGGCGGGCUGGUACGUGCUGCUGCAUUGGCGCAGCCGCUACACCGACGUGUACGCCAAGGUGCGCACCGCCCCGCCGCCUGUCGUCAUCAGCAACGUGAGCAAGGCGUAGUGGGUCAAGGACCUGAUUGCACCGUUGAACACUUUGGCGGUGACGGCCGCGCGACCGAAACAGGACAAGCAACGAGCCUAACACGUGAUUUGAUUUGGUACCUGUGACACGGGUAUAACAAAUUUGUACUGAGACUGGAAAAGGAAUGAAGUGCACCGUAGCAUUAAGUUUUUUAAGGUUAAAAUAUAAAAUCGAAAAAUGGAA